GCUAGGUGCCUCGGCUUCCAGAGUCAUUCUGUGCGGAGUUCUCGUCCAGAGCGGUCGCAGCGCGCUUUCUUCUGGGCGAUCCGUCGGCAUUCGGGCCGGCGCCGCCGUCGGCGAUGGACCACGACGAGGAUAGGUCCUUGUCUUUGGGAACGGAGGUCUCGGCCUCCGUGCCCCCACCGAGUCCUCUCACGGGAUGCUAUCUGCUGGCCGUUAUCGGCGAGCCCCACACGCAAGAGGAUAAGGAGAUUAUCCUGCAGCGCCUCGUCAAAGGCCUGCUAUCAUGGGACUCUGGCGAGCACCAGGUUGAUUUGGAGAAAGAAUUGGCUACCCUCACGGCGCAGGCACCCGAGGGGGAAGAAGCCAGAUAUGGGGAGCGUCUCAUUCAAUACGCCUCCGAGAACCUGGUGACGGAGAUCCUGAUCCACCCGCAAAUGAACACGCUGAUGCAGUGCAUGAGGAACCUGCUCAGCUCCUUCACUCGACACAGACACUUGAUCCACGCCGGUUACACCUUCUCUGGGAACGGCUCUUGGAUCAUGCAGGACGGUACAUUCUCGCUAGCCGACUUCACCGACGCGUACCAAGAAAACGAGGUCCAGCGCGUGAUCCGCGCCUACGAGAACUCAAUCUCAAUUGACAUACACUGCGCCGCCGCUGGCGACUGGGCGCGCCUGCCGCUGAUGCCGGCCGCCAAACACUGCACUAUACGCGUCAACCCCACGGAUAUCAUCGACUCGGGCUCGCAGCCCAUUAAGGACUUUGUCGCAUACCUGGAACCGUACAUAGUUCCAGCAAGCCUGGAACAGCUACUGGUGCCCAGUGAUGUGGUGGGCAACAUCCGUUUCAGCCACCCCACUCUCUACGUGUUCCCUGGUGGUCAGGGGGACGCUGCACUUUUUGGAAUAAAUGGAUUCAAUAUGCUUGUGGACGGCGGGUUCUCACGCAAGGCGUGCUGGUGGGACUUCGCGCGGCACCUCGACCGGCUGGACGCGGUGCUGCUCACGCGCCUCAACAACUGCUCCGUGGCCGGGCUCGCCGCCGUGCUGCGCCGCAAGGCCACCGCCAGCGUCUACCCGCAGAUUGGACACUUCUUUUGCAACCUCGAGGAGCGCAGCGAGCCGGCGGGUGAGGCGGGGGAGGCGGGGGCGCGGGCGGACGCGGACCCGCUGCAGGUGUCGCUGGUACGCGCGGGCACGGCGCUGCUGGCCGACCUGCGCCGCCUGCAGCUGCGCGCGCACGCCUGCUACCGCAGCAGCGAGCCCGUCAACCUCUACCACAAAGUGGGCCACGGCACAUUGGAUAUGUACGUUUUGAAUCCGUCCAAGGACUCGAAGUAUGUUCGUGAAUUCUUAAAGAAAUGGCAUAGCGGUGAACAAAAACUAUUUGAAGGUGCUAAUAUUUCUGGAGCAUUUAAUUUUCCAAUUCCUAACUUAGUAUCAAUAUGUGCAUUAUUAGUGUGGCGACCUGCAAAUCCCGAUGAUAACAUUACACGUCUCAUGUUCCCUGGAUCUACGCCUCAACACAAGAUAUUUGAAGGUUUGGAGAAAUUAAGACACUUAGAGUUUCUUCAACAUCCUACGUAUACCGGACGACAAAUGGCAAGCACCCCUGCUGCUCAAAUGAAAACGACUGUGGCCCCAACAAAAACGACAAAAACUUUAACUAGUAAAACAAUUAAAGAAAAACCAAUAUUGACUGAAAAAAAAGAUGAGAAAUUUAUAGAUCAAGAAACAACGAUAUCCAAAUUUGAUAAAAUAAAGGAUGAGACAGUUUCAAAAAAUAUUAUCGACAACAAAUUGAUAAGUGAACUUGUUGAUGAAGAGGAUAAACGAAUUGAAUCUGUAUUACAAGAAGCAAUUAUUGCGAGAGCAGACUCAAACAAAUUAGAAGAUAAAAUGGCACAAUAUGAAAGCACUGUAACUGAUAGUUUAGUAAAGAAAAAAGAUGUUAGAAAAAAAGAAAAAUCUAUUGAGAAAAAAGCAAAACGUGUUGAUAAGACUGAAGGUAUAAAAGAUACCGUACAAAAAGAAGACUCUAAAAAACUAGAAAUAGACAAUAAAUUCAGAAUUGAAUCGAGAAGAAAAGUAGAAAAAACGAAGUCGGAAUUAGUAACUUCAGUGUCGAAAAGUAAAACUAGUCAUCGAACUGCACAAAAAUCUGUAGAUAAAAAAAUUAUUAGUGCAACUACUGUUGAGAAAAAAGGUGUCGGAGACGAUAAAAAAUCCCCUCCGACUACUCCGAAGAAGAUGAGUGAACUGAAAGGACAAACUCAAAUUGUAAAAGAUAAAGUAAAGCUAAAGACAAGAAGAAUAAGUCCAGGUAGCACUCCCGCAAAAAGUGCAAAAGAGGCUAGUAAUCGACGGGUGUUAGAGUCCAAAUUUAAGCAAGUGUCACCUAAACGAGAUCUGGUACAAAAAGCACCCGAGAAAAAAGAGCCUAAGGCCAAAAGAGAACCAAUUUCGAGAAGACCAAGGCCUUUAGCAUCACCUGUCAAGGGACUGAAAACGGCCAAAAGUCCUUCAAAAAGCGUAAAAUCAAUAAAAACUGAUACAUCAAAGUUAAUAGGAUUGCAAAGAGUUAAUUACGAGGACAUAUUAAAAGACGCUAAAAAAUCUGAUGAGGAUACGUCCAGGUCUAUUGAUGAUAUAAAACAGCAAGAAUUGGACGAGAGAGAAGAACAAGAAAUUGUUCGAGAAAUUGAAGCAGUAUUUAAGCGUGAUGGUGACGCAGAAGAAAAAGUUGAGUUUAUUGGUCGUUCUGAUAUUGAAAAGAUUACGUGUUUAUUAGAUGAAACAAAAAGAGAGGCUAUCAUUGAUGGAGAAUUUGAAGAAGAGUAUUUGAUAAUUGAAAAGGAAGAAGUCGACCAAUAUACAGAGGAUUCUAUUGCUGAGAAAGAAGACGAGUUACAAAAACAUAUUAAAGAUAAAGAAGAAUCUGAAAAAAAUAAACUUAAAGAUAUUGAACAUAAAGUAAAUGAAGAAACAAACGCUAAAAUAUCUCAAGAUCAAGAAAAAGUAGUAGAUUCUAAAGAUCAGUCAAUAAGUGUUGAAGAAAAACAAGAUAUAAGCAGUGAAAAAAGAACUUCUGAUAGCAAGAGUGCUGUUAAACCAAAAGACUCUCUCGAUCAUGUAGUUCAAGAAUCACAACCCGAUGAAAAAGUAUCAACGACUAUAGAAUCAGGUGCAACUACAGCACCCACUCUUCCCGAAGAUGAACGUAUUCCAUUAGAUGACAUAAAAGAAGACCAACAGAUUGAAGAAAAGUAUAUCAAAGAACAUACCAAGGAAAUACUUCAACCAAAAGAAUCAUUUGAAAUUCAGAAACCCACAAGCUUAGAAAAAGGAAUAAAACUUGUAACACAACAAGUCCCGAUUAGGGAUAUCGUAAAAACUCCAGACGAAGUUGCUGAUCUUCCACUGCAUGAAGAAGUUGAUUAUAGAACAUACGAAGAAAAGAAAACGCCCAUUACAGAAGAAGCAAUGAAGAAAAAACACACCGAUACAAUGAAAGAAAGUAAAGUUCCAAAGGUAUUACCGUUAACUUUACAAGAAGACAAGGGAAUGCAAGAUCUAAAGACAAUUGAAGAAAAUGUUAUCGUUAGUACAAUACAACGCCCGUCCCACCCAGAAUUAGUAACAGUUACUCCUGGAUCAGCCCCAGAAUCACCUAUGUAUCAAGAACAAAUGAAAGAGUUUGUAGCUGGAAAAUCCUUAGAACCAGUUAAAGAAUAUGACAACCGUCAAUAUAAUUACGGACAGUUUACAGAAGCAUUACGGGAAACACAUAUUACCACCGUAGAUUCACCAAUUAAAGAAGAUAUUGUAGUUAUAGAGGAUUUACAUACAAUGCCUGAUAAAAUCCCAUCAAUUCCAGAAGACGUAGAAAAAGAAAUUGAAGAAGCUCAAAAGUUAGAAUCGAUCGAUAAACCCCCACUUAGCCCAAAAGACGUUGAAAAAAUUGUUGCAGACGUAGCCGAGGUACUAAAAUCUGAAAAAACUUUAGAGGAAUUAAUUGAAGAGAAAUCUCCUAUUUUAAUGAGAUCACCAGAAAAGUCGGCUCCUCCCACUAUACCCCAUGACGGUAUAAUUGAAGCAACUAGAUCAUUUUUGUUAAGUCAAAAAGAUGUAAUACAUACUGAGCCAUUAACGGAGGUGGUAAAGCGACCUGAAGAAGAAAAAGAAAAGUCUAUCGAAACUACAGAAAAAAUGCAAAAAGAAGCUUCUCCAGUUAAAUCAAUAACAUCUGAAGAUGUUAGUGAAACUUCAGAAAAAACGGUUCUCAGUGAAAGCAAGAGACUUGCAAAUGAUUUCAAAGAAUUAAAAGAUAAAAUUUUGCCUGAAGAUCAAAAACAAGAGAAAUCUGAAAAACGCAUAAGCCUGACAUUAGAGUCUGCCAAAACUCUAGAAAAAUUAGAAGAAAAGAUAGCGGAGUUAAAGAAAAAAGAUGAUAUUGAAAGCAAAGAAUUAGUUUCAACGAUCUAUUCAAAAGAAAUUACGAAAGCUGAGAAAAUGCCUUUCAGUGAAGUUCCUGAAAAGGAACAUCCAACUGAAAGCGAUAUAAGUAUUUCAAAGACUAAAAAUAAAGAAAGUCCUACUUCUGACAAACUUGUUGCGAAACAAGUGAGUGCAGAUAAAGAUUUAGAGAUACAAAAAGAAGAAGUAAGCAAAGCUUCAAAGGAUAAGAAAAAAGAAACCAAAUCCGUCAUAGGCAGCUUUAUGGACAAAUUUGAUGAAAAACUAAGCAAAGCCAAAGGAUUAUUUACGAGGAAAAAUGAUAAGGUGUCAGAACCCGAAAAAUUAAAGGACUCCAUAGACAUACCAAGAGAUAUAGAAAAACCUUAUAAAGAAUUAUCUGUAAAUGAAGAAAAUAUGUUAAAAUUGAUAUCAUUCGAUGACGAAGUACAAAAAAAUAUUAACCACUAUUUGGUAUAUGACGAACCUGAACAAACAAUAACAGAAAAAAUUGAUUAUAUGAAAGAGAACAAUGUAGCAAUUAGAAGAAUAAUUGUAACAAGAAUAAUAAAAACGAAGUAUGCAGAUAAGCGAAAUGUACUACAAAAAUUAAAAAUUGUCACUAUCAUAACUACUACUUACGAAUAUCCAGAUGGAACUUGCAAGACCGAAAUGAAUGGAAGUACGAUUCUUACUGAUGUAAAUGAAGAAAAUGAAUUUGAUAUUUUUGAAUUAAAGGAUUUCAGUAUUCUGGAAAGUAAAAAAAUGGAAGAAGAGCAGAGCGAAAGUAAAAUAAUCUUUAAUGGGAAAAGCACAAUACAACGAAUGACGGUGGUAACAGUAAAAGAGAUAUUAACAUCGAGAUCGAGAUCUAAAUAUAAGGAAAAAUUGACGAUAAAUACAUCUAAGGAAAUUUUUAUAAAUACAGUUCCAACAACUGUACAUGUAAUAGUAAUAUAUAUAUCAGAUUAUAAUAUUAAACGACAAACAUCUGAAAAUCAAAAACUUUCAAAAGUUGUAAUAACAUCAAAACAAUUAGAACCAGUAGAACAAUUAGGUCGAGAAGAUGAAGUUGAUUUCACAGUCAAACAAUUUAUUUCGGACUCUAUCGAGACAAGUUCCAUCAAAAAGACUGAAAUCGCUUCUGAAGAAUUAAAGGAGAAAAAACCAAGCACUGACGAAGAAAGAAUUGAAAAAAUUGAAAAAUCUUUUGAAAAAGUACCCAGUCCAGUAAAAGAAAUCAUUAGUGAAGAUGAGAAACAAACAGAAAAAGUGCCUAUUUCUGAUCAGCAGAAUCGAGGUACUGAAAGAUUAGACAAAGGCCUUAUUAAAAAGGUAGACGAAAUAAAAGAUGAAUCAAAAGAAAAAAUACCAAGCCCCGGAAUAGAGACUCCUCAAAAGAAAGAAGAACCAAAAGACGAAGAACCUAGCUCAAUUGAGAAGCUCGAUGAAAAAAUUGAAAAAACUACAGACAAAGAGCCAAGCUACAUUAAAGACUUUGCUGAUAAAUUGAAAAAACCAACAGAAAAAGAGCCAAUACCCGUAACAGAGUCUGUUGAAGAAAAAACAUUAUGCGUCAAGAAAGAAAUAAGCCCCAUUGAAGCAGUUUAUGACAAAUUAGAAAAGGCAAAAGGUAAGGCGCCAAGCCCGGAAAAAGAAACAAUUGAUGAAAUUGAAAAGCCGAUAGACAAAGAGCCAAGCCCCGUUAAAGACUUUUCUGACAAAGUGGAGGAAAUAGAGCCAAGCUCCUUUAAAGAAGCUGUUGAUGAAAAAGAAACACUUCUAGAGAAAACAAGCCCCGUUAAAGAAGUCACAGACAAAUUUGAAGAAACCGUAGUAACAAAGGUAAGUCCACAUAUAGAAACUGUUGAGGAGAAAGAAAGAGCUGUAGAAAAAGAACCAAGCCCAGCCAAAGAAGUUGCUGAUAAACUAAAAAAACCAACAGAAAAAGAGCCAAGUCUCGUUAAAGAGACUGUUGUCGAAAAAGAAGUGCCCAUUGAAACAGAACCAAUCUCCUUUGAAGAGGUUGCUGACAAAUUCAAAGAAAAAGCAGGCAAGGAGCGAAGUCCAAUAAGAGAAACGAUUAAAGGAAGUGAAAUACUAAAAGAAAAAGAGUCAAGUCCCGUUAAAGAGACUGUUGAAGAAAAACAAGUCCCCAUCGGAAAAGAUCCAAGCCCUGGAAAAGUGAUUGCUGAAAAAUUGCAAAAAAUAACAAGUAAGGUGCCGAGUCCAAUAAAAGAAACCAUUGAUGAAAAUAAAAAACAAAAAAGCAAAGAGCCAAGCCCCGUUAAAGAGUUUGCUGACAAAAUAGAAAAACCAAUAGAGAAAGAGGCAAUUCUAGUUAAGGAGACUGUUACAGAAAAAGAAAUACGAAUUGAAAAAGAAUCAAGCCCUGUUAAAGAGGUUUCUGACAAAUUGGACAAACCAACAGACAAAGAGCCAAGUCCUGUUAAAGAAACUGUUGGAGAAAAGGAAAAGCCAAUUAUAAAGGAAGCAAGCCCUGUUAAAGAGAUCGCUGACAAAUUGGACAAACCAACAGGCAAAGAGCCAAGUCCUGAUAAAGAAGCUGUUGGAGAAAAGGAGAAACCUAUUGUAAAGGAUGCAAGCCCUGUUAAAAAGGUCGCUGACAUAUUAGGAAUAACAAGAGACAAAACGCCAAGUCCCGUUCAAGAAACCUUUGAAGACAAAGAAAAACCUAUUGAAAAAGAUGCAAGCCCUGUAAAAGAAGCAACUGACAAAUUGGAAAAAACAACAGACAAAGAGCCAAGUCCCGUUAAAGAAACUGUUGAAGGAAAAGAGAAAUCUAUUGAAAAGGAAGCCAGCCCCCUUCAAGAGAUAAGUGAAACAUUGGAAAUAUUAGCGGGUAAGGAACCAAGCCCUGUUCAAGAAACGUUUGAAAAAAUGGAAAAACCAAAAGAAAAAGAUUCAAGCCCCGUUACAGAGGUUUCCGACAAAUUGGACAAACCAACAAGCAAAGAGCCAAGACCUAAAGAAGCUGUUGCAGAAAAAGAGAAACCUAUUGUAAAGGAUGCAAGCCCUGUUAAAGAGGUCGCUGACAAAUUAGGAGAGACAACAGACGAAAUGCCUAGUCCCGUUAAAGAAACCUUUGAAGAUAAAGAAAAACAUAUUGAAAAAGAUGCAAGUCCUGUAAAAGAGGCAGUUGACAAAUUGGAAAAAACAACAGACAAAGAGCCAAGUCCCGUUAAAGAAACUGUUGAAGUAAAAGAGAAAUCUAUUGAAAAGGAAGCCAGCCCCGUUAAAGAGAUAUGUGAAACAUUGGAAAUAUUAGCGGGUAAGGAAUCAAGCCCUGUUCAAGAAACGUUUGAAAAAACGGAAAAACCAAAAGACAAAAUAUCAAGCCCUGUUAAAGAGGUUUCUGACAAAUUGGACAAACCAACAGACAAAGAGCCAAGUCCUGUUAAAGAAACUGUUGGAGAAAAAGAAAAGCCAAUUAUAAAGGAAGCAAGCCCUGUUAAAGAGAUCGCUGACAAAUUGGACAAACCAACAGGCAAAGAGCCAAGUCCUGAUAAAGAAGCUGUUGGAGAAAAAGAGAAACCUAUUGUAAAGGAUGCAAGCCCUGUUAAAGAGAUCGCUGACAUAUUGGGAAUAACAACAGAUAAAACGCCAAGUCCCGUUCAAGAAACCUUUGAAGACAAAGAAAAACCUAUUGAAAAAGAUGCAAGCCCUGUAAAAGAAGCAAUUGACAAAUUGGAAAAAACAACAGACAAAGAGCCAAGUCCCGUUACAGAGAUUAGUGAAACAUUGGAAAUAUUAGCAGGUAAGGAACCAAGCCCUGUUCAAGAAACGUUUGAAAAAAUGGAAAAACCAAAAGACAAAAUAUCAAGCCCCGUUAAAGAGGUUUCUGACAAAUUGGACAAACCAACAGACAAAGAGCCAAGUCCUGUUAAAGAAACUGUUGGAGAAAAAGAAAAGCCAAUUAUAAAGGAAGCAAGCCCUGUUAAAGAGAUCGCUGACAAAUUGGACAAACCAACAGGCAAAGAGCCAAGUCCUGAUAAAGAAGCUGUUGGAGAAAAAGAGAAACCUAUUGUAAAGGAUGCAAGCCCUGUUAAAGAGGUCGCUGAUAUAUUAGGAAUAACAACAGACAAAACGCCAAGUCCCGUUCAAGAAACCUUUGAAGACAAAGAAAAACCGAUUGAAAAAGAUGCAAGCCCUGUAAAAGAAGCAAUUGACAAAUUGGAAAAAACAACAGACAAAGAGCCAAGUCCCGUUAAAGAGAUUAGUGAAACAUUGGAAAUAUUAGCGGGUAAGGAACCAAGCCCUGUUCAAGAAACGUUUGAAAAAACGGAAAAACCAAAAGACAAAGAAUCAAGCCCUGUUAAAGAGGUUUCUGACAAAUUGGACAAACCAACAGACAAAGAGCCAAGUCCUGUUAAAGAAACUGUUGGAGAAAAGGAAAAGCCAAUUAUAAAGGAAGCAAGCCCUGUAAAAGAGAUCGAAGACAAAUUGGAUAAACCAACAGACCAAGAGCCAAGUCCUGAUAAAGAAGCUGUUGGAGAAAAAGAGAAACCUAUUAUAAAGGAUGCAAGCCCUGUUAAAGAGGUCGCUGACAUAUUAGGAAUAACAACAGACAAAACGCCAAGUCCCGUUCAAGAAACCUUUGAAGUCAAAGAAAAACCUAUUGAAAAAGAUGCAAGGCCUGUAAAAGAAUCAAUUGACAAAUUGGAAAAAACAACAGACAAAGAGCCAAGUCCCGUUAAAGAAACUGUUGAAGAAAUAGAAAAGCCUAAAGAAAAAGAAUCAAGCCCCGUUACAGAGGUUUCCGACAAAUUGGACAAACCAACAGGCAAAGAGCCAAGUCCUAAAGAAGCUGUUGGAGAAAAAGAGAAACCCAUUGUAGAGGAUGCAAGCCCUGUUAAAGAGGUCGCUGACAUAUUGGGAAUAACAACAGAUAAAACGCCAAGUCCCGUUCAAGAAACCUUUGAAGACAAAGAAAAACCUAUUGAAAAAGAUGCAAGCCCUGUAAAAGAAGCAAUUGACAAAUUGGAAAAAACAACAGACAAAGAGCCAAGUCCCGUUAAAGAAACUGUUGAAGAAAUAGAAAAGCCUAAAGAAAAAGAAUCAAGCCCCGUUACAGAGGUUUCCGACAAAUUGGACAAACCAACAGGCAAAGAGCCAAGUCCUAAAGAAGCUGUUGGAGAAAAAGAGAAACCUAUUGUAAAGGAUGCAAGCCCUGUUAAAGAGGUCGCUGACAUAUUGGGAAAAACAACAGAUAAAACGCCAAGUCCCGUUCAAGAAACCUUUGAAGACAAAGAAAAACCUAUUGAAAAAGAUGCAAGCCCUGUAAAAGAAGCAAUUGACAAAUUGGAAAAAACAACAGACAAAGAGCCAAGUCCCGUUAAAGAGAUUAGUGAAACAUUGGAAAUAUUAGCGGGUAAGGAACCAAGCCCUGUUCAAGGAACGUUUGAAAAAACGGAAAAACCAAAAGACAAAGAAUCAAGCCCUGUUAAAGAGGUUUCUGACAAAUUGGACAAACCAACAGACAAAGAGCCAAGUCCUGUUAAAGAAACUGUUGGAGAAAAGGAAAAGCCAAUUAUAAAGGAAGCAAGCCCUGUAAAAGAGAUCGAAGACAAAUUGGACAAACCAACAGACAAAGAGCCAAGUCCUGAUAAAGAAGCUGUUGGAGAAAAAGAGAAACCUAUUGUAAAGGAUGCAAGCCCUGUUAAAGAGGUUGCUGACAUAUUAGGAAUUACAACAGACAAAACGCCAAGUCCCGUUCAAGAAACCUUUGAAGACAAAGAAAAACCUAUUCAAAAAGAUGCAAGCCCUGUAAAAGAAGCAAUUGACAAAUUGGAAAAAACAACAGACAAAGAGCCAAGUCCCGUUAAAGAGACUGUUGAAGUAGAAGAGAAAUUUAUUGAAAAGGAAGCCAGCCCCGUUAAAGAGAUUAGUGAAACAUUGGAAAUAUUAGCGGGUAAGGAACCAAGCCCUGUUCAAGAAACGUUUGAAAAAGUUUCCGACAAAUUGGACAAACCAACAGGCAAAGAGCCAAGUCCUGAUAAAGAAGCUGUUGGAGAAGAAGAGAAACCUAUUGUAAAGGAUGCAAGCCCUGUUAAAGAGGCAGUUGACAAAUUGGAAAAAACAAGAGACAAAGAGCCAAGUUCCGUUAAAGAAACUGUUGAAGUAAAAGAGAAAUCUAUUGAAAAGGAAAUUAGCCCUGUUAAAGAGGUUGCUGAAAAAUUAGAUAAACCAACAGUUAAGGAGCUAACCCCAGCGAAACAAACUGAUCAAGACAAUGAAAAACAAACAGGUGACAAAGAAAGCCCCACACUGAAAUCUCAUGAAAAACCAAUUGAAAAAGAACCAAGCCCGGUUACAGAGGUUGAAGAAAAACUAGAAAAACCAACAGGCAAGGAGCCAAGCCCAGUUAAAGCAACACCUGAAGGAAAAGUAGAAGCAAUAGACAAAGAACCAAGUCCAGUCACUGAGGUUGCUGAAAAAUUAGAAAAACCAACCGGCAAGGAACCAAGCCCAGUUACUGAGAUUGCCGAAAAACUAGAUAAACCAACAGAUAUGGAGCCAAGCCCUGUUAAAGAAAUGCAUGAAGAAAAGGCAGUUAAAGAGACACCUGAAGGAAAAGCGGUAUCAAUAAGCAAAGAACCAAGCCCAGUUAAAGAGAUUCCAGAAAAACUAGAAAAACUAACCGACAAGGAGCAAAGUCCAGUUAAAGAAACGCCUGAAGAAAAAAUUGACUCAAUAGACAAGGAACCAAGCCCAGCAACUGAGAUUGCUGAAAAACUAGAAAAACCAACAGGCAAGGAGCCAAGCCCAGUUAAAGCAACGCCUGAAGGAAAAGUAGAAUCAAUAGACAAAGAACCAAGCCCAGUCACUGAGAUUGCUGAAAAACUAGAAAAACCAACCGACAAGGAGCCAAGCCCACGUAAAGAAACGCCUGAAGGAAAAGAAGACUCAAUAAGCAAAGAACCAAGCCCAGUUACUGAGAUUGCUGAAAAACUAGAAAAACCAACAGGCAAGGAACCAAGCCCACUUAAAGAAAUGGCUGAAGGAAAAGCAGAGUCAGUAAGCAAAGAAUCAAGCCCAGUUACUGAGAUUGCUGAAAAUCUAGAAAAACCAACAGGCAAGGAGCCAAGCCCAAUUAAAGAGGUUGCUGAAAAAUUAGAAAAACCAACCGGCAAGGAGCCAAGCCAAGUUAAAGAAACACCUCAAGAAAAAGUACAAUCAAUAGACAAGGAACCCAGCCCAGUUACUGAGAUUGCCGAAAAACUAGAUAGACCAACAGAUAUGGACCCAAGCCCUGUUAAAAAAAUGCCUGAAGAAAAGGCAGUGUCAGUAAGCAAAGAACCAAGCCCAGUUAAAGAGACAGCUGAAAAACUUGAAAAACCAACCGACAAGGAACCAAGCCCAGUUAAAGAAACGGCUGAAGGAGAAGCAGAGUCAGUAAGCAAACAACCAAGCCCAGUUAAAGAGAUUUCUGAAAAACUAGAAAAACCAACAGGCAAAGAGCCAAGCCCAAUUAAAGAGACGCCUGAAGGAAAAGCGGAAUCAAUAAGCAAAGAACCAAGCCCUGUUGAAGAAAUUCCAGAAAAACUAGAAAAACCAACCGACAAGGAGCAAAGUCCAGUUAAAGAAAUGCCUGAAGAAAAAAUUGGCUCAAUAGACAACGAACCAAGCCCUGCAACUGAGAUUGCUGAAAAACUAGAAAAACCAACAGGCAAAGAGCCAAGCCCAAUUAAAGAGACGCCUGAAGGAAAAGCGGAAUCAAUAAGCAAAGAACCAAGCCCAGUUGAAGAAAUUCCAGAAAAACUAGAAAAACCAACCGACAAGGAGCAAAGUCCAGUAAAAGAAAUGCCUGAAGAAAAAAUUGACUCAAUAGACAAGGAACCAAGCCCAGCAACUGAGAUUGCUGAAAAACUAGAAAAACCAACUGGCAAGGAGCCAAGCCCAGUUAAAGCAACGCCUGAACGAAAAGUAGAAUCAAUAGACAAAGAACCAAGCCCCGUCACUGAGAUUGCUGAAAAACUAGAAAAACCAACCGACAAGGAGCCAAGCCCACUUAAAGAAACGCCUGAAGGAAAAGUAGACUCAAUAGGCAAAGAAUCAAGCCCAGUUACUGAGAUUGCUGAAAAACUAGAAAAAGGAACAGGCAGAGAACCAACCGCAAUUAAAGCAACUCCUCAAGGAAAAGCAGAGUCAGUAGACAAAGAACCAAGCCCAGUUAAAGAGAUUACCGAAAAACUAGAAAAACCAACAGGCAAGGAGCCAAGCCCAGUUAAAGAAAUGCCUGCAGGAAAAGCAGAGUCAGUGAGCAAAGAACCAAGCCCAGUUAAAGAGAUAGUUGAAAAACUAGAAAAACCAACAGGCAAAGAGCCAAGCCCAAUUAAAGAGACACCUGAAGGAAAAGCGGUAUCAAUAAGCAAAGAACCAAGCCCAGUUAAAGAGAUUCCAGAAGAACUAGAAAAACCAAUCGACAAGGAGCAAAGUCCAGUUAAAGAAACGCUUGAAGAAAAAAUUUACUCAAUAGACAAAGAACCUAUCCCAGUUAAAGAGAUUGCUGAAAAAAUAGAAAAACCAACAGGCAAGGAACCAAGCCCAGUAUCAGAAAUGCCUGAAGGAAAAGCAGCGUCAGUAAGCAAAGAACCAAGCCCAGUAACUGAGAUUGCUGAAAAACUAGAAAUACCAUCAGUCAAGGAGCCAAGCCCAGUUAAAGAAAUGCCUGCAGGAAAAGCAGAGUCAGUAAGCAAAGAAUCAAGCCCAGUUAAAGAGAUAGUUGAAAAACUAGAAAAACCAACAGGCAAACAGCCAAGCCCAAUUAAAGAGACGCAUGUAGGAAAAGCGGUAUCAAUAAGCAAAGAUCCAAGCCCAGUUAAAGAGAUUCCAGAAAAAUUAGAAAAACCAACCGACAAGGAGCAAAGUCCACCAAGCCCAAUUAAAGAGACGCCUGAAGGAAAAGCAGUGUCAAUAAGCAAAGAACCAAGCCCAGUUAAAGAGAUUCCUGAAAAACUAGAAAAAUCAACCGACAAGGAGCAAAGUCCAGUUAAAGAAACACCUGAACGCAAAGUAGACACACUAGAAAUAGAACCAAGCCCAUUAACUGAGAUUGCUGAAAAAUUAGAUAAACCAACAGGCAUGGAGCCAAGACCAAUUAAAGAAAUGCCCGAAGGAAAAGAAGAGUCAAUAAGCAAAGAACCAGGUCCAGUUACUGAGGUUGCUGAAAAACUAGGAAAACCAUCAGUCAAGGAGCCAAGCCCAGUUAAAGAAAUUGCUGAAAAAUUAGAAAAAACUGCAAGCAAGGAACCAAGCCCCAUUAAAGAGAUAACUGUUAAAUUAGAACAAUCUACAGGCAAAGAAGAAAGUCGCAUUAUAGAAACUGUUGUAGACAAAGAAAAAUCUAUCGAAAGAGAACAAAGCCCCGUAGCAGUGUUUGGUGUAAAAUUAGAGAAACCAAAAAGUGAAGAGCUAAGCCCUGUAAAAGAAACUGUUAAAGAAAAAGAAAAGCUAACAGACAAAAAGCUCAGCCCCGCUAUGAAGGCACUUGGUAAACUGGACAUUGAACCAAUGUCACUAAUAAAACCCGUUGAUAAAAAGGAAAAAUCAACGGAAAAAGCGCCUAGUACUGAAAAGAAACUAACCCUUCAAAAAGAAAAAGAGACUUUAUCCUCCGGAAAGACAUUGAAGGAAGCUGAAAUAUCAUCAGUUAAAGGGACAACUUUAGAAUCAACUAAGUAUGAAACUUCUUCAGUCGAUAUGUGUUCCGAAAUGGAAUCAAUUACUGAUAAUUUAAAACUACACGGAUUUAAAUCAUUCGGUAGAAUGAAAACUGAUACGGAUGUUUUUAAAGAGUCUAUAACUGAAAACAGCAUAACUUUGAAAAGAAAAAGAACGAUAACCACAAUCACUCAAUACUUCGUUAAUUUAACUGAGAAUAUUAAAAAAGCUGUUAUAAUAAAAAAAUAUUUGACAGAGGAUGAAUAUCCUGAUGGUAAUAUUGUGUUUAAUAAAACCGAAGAUACUUCAACAUUAGAUGAAGACCUCUCUCAAGCAGAAAGGUUAGAUAUGAUUAAGCAAUUUGAAAUACCAAUUGAUCAGGAAAAAAUACGAAUUAACGGUCAAUCAAAUGGCGACCUCUCAGAAAAGUAUAACAUAUCAGAUAGUAAGAGAAGUCCAUCUGAAGAGCCAAACGUUACGUCUAGGAGCCCAAAACAAAAGCAUACCUUUACUUUGGAAGACUCCAUCAGCGGUGAAUUAAAUGCUAAGAUUGAAAAAGAGACGAAAAUAACUAAAUCAUCAUCCGAUAUCUUAACUGAAAGUACUGUAUCGUAUAGUAGCUCUGAAGACGUUUCUAAGGAAGUAAGCUUAGAAGAAAAAUAUAGUUUUGAAAGUACAGAAAAAGAAAAGAAAAUGACUAGCACUAAGAUUUCAUCGAAAAAACAGUUUGAUAAACAUCAUCAAAAAUUAGAUAAAAUAGAGCGAGAUCAAAUAUCUCACACUGAUGACGCACAAACUUCAAGUGACAAUUCAGAAGAUGCUGUACAAUUUAUGGAGUCCAUUAAAAAAGCAUUUACUGAUGAUGCUAUACAGCAAGGCAUUAAAACUGAAAGUACUGAAUCCUUAAUAGUUCAUUCGGAACUUGACAGAGUAUCUACACCACCAACUGUACCGGUCAGUCCUCUACCUAAAACUCCUAGUGCUUUUUAUGAUGUUAAAACAAGUGAUGGGGUUCAGAGCGAGAUUUCAUAUGAUAAAUCAGAUGGUAGUGAAGAGACGAUUACAAAAAUUGUACAUGUUGGCGAAGACGUGCUAACACAAAAAAUUUCUACAUCGACAGAAAAAGUACCAAAAACCAUUAAAAGCAUGACUGAUGGUGAUGAUAAUUCUGAUAUACAAGCUCUAACACAAACUGUAGGAAAAAUUAAGACUGAAACUGAUACUGUAACAAAGAUAAUAAAAGAAGGGGAAAAUGUUGUCACCCAAACAAUUACAACUGUAACAACAAAAGAAAUUAUAUCAAAAGAGGAUGGAACUCCUCAAAAUGUUAAAACAACUAUAGAAACCACAACUUUGAGCAGGAGUUCGGAUGGCUCUACAACCACAACAAAGGAUACUCAAACAUUAUUAUCUGAAUGCUCUUCUAGUCUCCGAUCUACAUCUCAAAUGGAUAUUUUAACUAAAGAUGACACCAUGGACAAAGAGAGUAUAGGAUCUCGAGAUGAAAGUCACAAAACGGAAUCAAGUGGCCGCGAAGAAGACAAGGAAUCAAAAAGAAAAUACGAAACUUUGGAAGCCCAAUGGGAAACUGGUGAUCAAGAUAAUGUUGAGGAUACUACUAUAGACACGGAUGUAAGUAAACGUGUAAUAAAAGAAAAUGGUAUUGAUGUAAUAGAAACAAUAACUACGGUAACUAAGAAAGAAACUUUAAGAGUAGAAGAUACUAAAAAAGUUGUGAAAACGACAAUCGAGACAAACAUUUGUAAGGAAAAGCCUGAUGGUUCCAAGGAUAUACAGAAAAAAGUAGAAGUAAGAACGGAAGAAUUAACUACUGACGGAAGUAACAAUAUUGAGAAAAUUAUUGAUGGCUUAAAUGUAUACGAAGAUCCAGAAGAAAGUGUUUCAACAAAAGUGGAACACAUAUUGGAAGAGGGUGUUUCAGUUAAGAGAACAAUUACCACAAAAGUAAUUAAAACGAAAUAUGCCGAUACUGAGGGGUAUGUAAAAAAAUUAAAAACAGUUACGACUGUAACUACGACUGAUCAAUAUCCCGAUGGAUCUUCUAGUACAAAAGUAGAUAGUAGUAUAUCUGUGAUAGAUCUCAGUGCACCUGACCUUCUAGAUAGUGGAGAAUUGAAAGAUUUUACAAUAUUAGAAGAUAAGCAAGUUAAUACAGAAAAGCAAGAAAAGACCACAAUUAUAAAUGGGCAAAAUGCACAACAAAUCAUAACAAUAACUACGACUAAAGAAAUUUUAUCAUCCAUUGAUAAGUUAAGAAAAAAGAUAAAAACAACUGUUGAAACUGUCACUGAAUCUAUGUUACCAGAAGGUAUUGUUGAGGUUACAAAAGAUGUUAAGGUUUCUAUAUCAGACUUUCGAAGUGAUGAUGAUAUACAAAGCUUUGAAGGCUUUACUGCGGAUAAAGAACCGCAUGAAGAAUGCAAAAAAUACCAUGAAACAAUUGUAGUGAAUGGUGAAACGAUUAAAAGAACACGAACUGUCACGAUAAUUAAACAAUACUAUAACAAUACAGAAAUAAACAUUAGGAGAACAAAAAUCACUACAAAAGAGGUUACUGAAGAUGAGUAUCCCGAUGGUUCUAUCGUUUCAAAAACAAGCGAAAAAGUAUCAAUAACAGAUGAACCACUGGAACUGUUUGACAAGGUUCACCCCAAAGCACCAUUACUCGAAGGCUCUGGUGAGGUUAAUGAAGGCAAAACUAAAGUUAUUGGUUCAACAAAUAUACAAAAUGAAGAUAAUAAAGACGUGAGUAUUGAAACCAAAGAAAAUUUCAUAACUAAAGAUGGAAAAAUGCUCAAGCAAAUAAUAACAACAACAACAACUAAAGAAAUAAUAUCUUCUGUAAAUCAACCUACAAAUAAAAUCAAAACAACUGUAGAAACAGUUACUGAAACUGAACUACCUAACGGAACUAUUGAAGUUUUGAAAGAUGUGAAAGUAUCCAUAGCAGAACUUGAUAAGGAAAUAGCAGGUGAAAACUUUACAGACUAUACGGAAGUAGGUGAACCACGUAUAGAAACUGAUUCCAAAUCAGAACAGUUAGUAGAAAAUGGAAUCGAAAUAACUAGGACUACAACCAUAACAACUAUAAAACAAGAAUAUCAAAAUAAUAUAAACUCUUCAAAGAAAGCUAAAACUACCGUUAGAACUACUGUAGAAGACCAGUAUCCUGAUGGUACAAUUGUAACUAAGAAGAGUGAAAAGGUGUUAAUUGAAGAUAUUUAUUCUGAAAUAACACCUACUGACGAUGGUUCACAAUCGAACGAAAUGUAUGAUGAUACUGAAAUAGUAGAAGAUACAUCAGAAGAAUCUGAUGUCAAAAAUGAAAUUAUUCAUCAAAAUUCUUUGAUUAUAAAACGCUGUACUACAACUAACACAAAGCGGGAAACAUUAUCCUCGUCUGAUAAAAAUAUCCGCCGUUUAAGGACAACAGUUGAAACUAUAACUGAAGAUGCAUAUCCAGACGGAUCUAUAGAAACAACAAAAGACGUUAAAAUAACCAUAUCCGAAUACCAAAAAGCUUCUGAUAGUGACUUGCAAGCUGCUUUGGAGGGUUUCAUAUCUACCGGAAAAACAAAAUCCUUUGUUGAUAAAAAGUCAAACAUUCUAACAAUCGAUAGUGAAAAAGUAACACAACAUAUAACUACUUACAUAACUAAGGAAGAACUAAAAAAUAGGGAUUCAAAUGAAAUAGCAGUUAAAACUGUUACCGAAACAGUAACUGAAAAUAUUAAAGAGGAUGGUGCUAUUGAGACAACUAAAGACGUCAGAACACAAAUAGUUUAUUUACCUGUGGGAACCACGUUUGAAGACUUAUCGCCGGAAAUAGAAGAAAAAAUAACGCAAGAAACUUCCGAAUCAAGAAACGAACACUUAAAAAAAGAUGAGAAACCAGUUGUGGCCGAACUAAAUAUAGUUCCAGCAGAAAGUAAAGUUGAUCAACCAGAAUCUAAAGGAAAGAAACGGUCACCUGUUGGCGAAAUAAACACGGAAACCGAAACUUUUACGAAAUUAAUAAAAGAUGGGGAUAACGAAAUCACACAAACCAUUACUGUGGUUACAACAAAGGAGGUAAUAAGCCCUGAAAAAGUAAAAGUAACAGUUGAAACAACUACUGUAAGCAAAGGAAGUGAUGGUGUUACAAAAACUACAAAAUCAACAAAAACAACGAUCUCCGAGUUCAAAGAAGAAUAUGAAGAAACUAUAGAUACUGGUGAAAGUGAAAAGUCAUAUUCUAAAUAUUCAACGAAAGCAGGAGAUAUGCGAAGUUCUUCAGCAGCUAGUGACGAUUUAGACCAUCCCGGUAUGUCUACUCCACCUUCGGAUAUAAGCUCAAGGGAAUCUAGAGCGGCUACUCAUAUAUGGGGGACAGAAAGUAGUGGGAUGUACUACAGUGAUGACGACGGUCAGGCAAGUCCGAGCAGUACUAAAUCACAAAUAGCACAUUCCCCAAGAUCAAAUCUAAGUUUUGAAUUAGACGCUAAACAGAAAGAGCAAGACGAUCCUAUGUCUAUGUCUGUGUAUGGAAAACUCCCAGGGGACGAUUAUGAAAUGAGUACACACGCAAAAACUUCUGAUAUGUUCCAUACAGGGGGAGCAUCAAUAAAAAAAGUAACAGAUGAAUUUUUAACUCAUGAAAAAAUAGAAUCGGACACAUUUAAAGAUAGUGAAGACAUAUCAGUCUCCACAUUUUUAAAGGAAGCAGAUGAACAAUUUGAAAAAGCUAUAGAAGAGCAUAAAAAAAUUAGUGGCUCAACGGUUAUUUCAAGUAUAACAGCUAAGUAUGAGCUCGACCAUGACAGUCCACCUAGUCAGCAAACUUCAAAAACGCAAGAAUCAGUCAUUUCUCUAAAAGGUUUCAAGUCAGAAUCAAAGAAAGCCGACGACCAAAAGUCGGAAAAACCAAAAGACACAAAAGGACAUGAUUCAAGCAAAGAUCCAAUUGAAUCGUGGGGAAAACCACUUGGUCUACCUAGCCCAAUUCUGCCUUCUGAUGGAAAAAGUACUCCUAAGAAGUUGGUAGCGAAUUCUUCUGUUGCUAAUAAAAACAAAAUCAAUCAAGAAAGGAGCAAGGAAGCUAAGGCUGCCUCAGAAUCUCCAAGUAAGAAGAAGUCUCCAGCGCCUAUAUAUAUGGACUUAACUUAUGUUCCGCAUCAUGGAAAUUCUUACUACUCUGCUAUUGAAUUUUUCAAAAGAGUACGAGCACGAUAUUAUGUAUUUUCCGGAACCGAACCGUCGAAAGAAAUAUACAAUGCUCUAUUGGACGCUAAAAAAACAUGGGAAGAUAAAGAUUUAGAAGUCACAAUUAUUCCCACUUAUGACACAGACGUCCUUGGCUACUGGGUAGCUGAGAAUGAAGAAGCCCUUGAAAAAUAUAAAAUUGAUUUGUCACCUUCUGCCUCGCGUUGCACCAUCAAUCUUCAAGACCAUGAAACCUCGUGUGCAGCUUACAGACUCGAGUUCUAGGUGUCGGGUCUAUUUGUAGCCUUCUCAUCGAAGAAGUAGCCUCUGCUUUUGGAAUACUUCUGAGUGCAAUUAUUCAAUUAUCACAUGGGAAGUAAUACACUCAGAAGCAUCUCACACCUGAGGACGCUACUUCGUAUGAGAUAGUUUGCAAAUAGAUUCAAUAUUUGUGAUAUACGAUAGACGGACUGUUGUGAAAUUCUUUUAAGCUGUAGAUAAAUAUUUACUCAAAAACACGAUUUGAACUUUACGUAUAAGCAUAAGCGACGAAUGGAUCCUAAAGUGAGACAAGAACUCGAUCGCAUCCAAUACGAAUCUCGACCUAAAAACAAAAACGUCCAUUUUUUUCUAAAACUCUUUUCUAGUAGCAACAUAAAUGAAUACAUGCCAUUUAAAAUCUUAUAUUUCUGAUAAUAUUUUUGAAUUUGGUCUUAUACAAUCAGUAGUGCUUUUAUAUACGAUUUUUAGCAUAACCAGUCCAUUUUGUUUAGCCAAAACACCGCUUGUGCGAAAAAUCUAAAUUUUUGAGAAAUUAUUUUGCUAUCGCAUUGUGAGUUUUAAAAGAGAUUAUGAUAAUGAAAUACGUGGAGUAUUUAUGCCACGAGCUUUAAACGGACGUGAUUGUAAUCGAAUACGAUUAUUGUAAGCAAUGCUGAAUACUGAUUUGUUAAAAUUAUCUGAAUUACAUAAUUUUUUACGACCAGAGUCUAAGCGAAAUAUAUAAAUGUCUUGAAAAGACAACGUGCGAACUGCACUUCAUCGUUUGAUAGAAGUAAUAUAAUUGUUUCUAAAAUUUAGAAAGGCAAAAGAGGCUCGUAAACUUUGUAAUAAAUAAUAAACCAGUGCUAUCUGAUGAUUGAAAAAAAAUCCUCAAUUUUUUCAAUGAAUUAGAUGGUCAUUUGAUUUUGCACAAAAACAGAACUAAUUGAAUGAAACCCUGUAGCAUAUAGGAAUGAUUAAAAGCCUGCGUUAAUCGUUCUCAUGUGAGCCAAGGGUUGCGGAUACAGCUGCAGUAGUCACGUGCUACGUGGAACCACCGCCAUUUUUGUCUUUCUAAAUCAAAAUGAGCCUAAGUCGAUAGAGAGCUUAAUUCAUAUUAAAUAAAAAUAUGGUUUAUUAGGACUACUAAAAUUACAGCUGAGUUUUGAGUUGAUAUAUGAUUUUUAUCUAUAUCUGUUAGAAUAGUUUUUAUGUUAAAUAUUUUUUUCAUGAUAUGGUGACUCUAUGAAAGUUAAUCUUUUUUUACAAGUAAAUAUGAAAUACGUUUGAUUUUGUACAUUUCAAUUUCUAGUCGAGUCCCAAAUAUAUAUAAAAUAAAUAGUAUUAUAUGUUCCUAUUCGUAUUGAUUUUUGACAUAAAUAAUUUGUUAUUGAAUAUUUAUAAUUGAUAUAAUAAACUACCUAUUCCACUUAAUGAUAAAUUCCUUAAAAUUGUGUGUUUUGUACGAAUGGUUUGCGCGAAUGUGAAUCAUACUACCGUCUAGUAUAGGACGUAAGCUGUACUUGGACUGUUCUCAUAAAGAUCAAAGUGUUUCCAUAAUUUCAUUUUGCCAAUGAAAAUAAAGUUUUAUGUCAAUUACGUUUAAGUCAUCCAUAGCGAUAAGCUAAUCUAAUGGAAUCCUACUGCUUUCUUUGCCAAACUACCUUUAAAAUAGAAAAAAUUCUGUAUAUUUCUAGCACCAGCACAAUGUAUUUACCUUAAUGACGAAGAUUCGUACCUAACGAUAAAUUAACUAUAUGUCUAUUUAUUUUUUAUGUUCGUAUAGCGAUUUAUUUAAUAGUUAUUUUUAUCAUAUGCGGCUAUAUAUUGCGUGUUGGUUUGUGUGGAUGAUGUUGCUUUUAAAACGAAUGGACAAGGAAGGUGUAAUUAGGUGUGAUGGGAUAAAUGAACAUUGUACAUUACUGAUAUAUCAUCUAAACAUACGUAACUACUUCAAGCAUUCCGGAUAAAUUGCAUUUAAACUUGAUUUUUGGUUUAUUAACUAUCACAUUAAAUAGCGUCUAUUAUAAAUUGAUAAUGUUACUUCGGCCAAUGCUUGUUAUUGCUUUCUGAAGGAAUGGAUGGUAUAUCAGUAUUUGAUGAUGUAUGCUUUUAAGAGUGCUAGUUUUUUAGCCUUCCUCUUGGCAAUGUUUAAGAUUUCUUUGGGCUAACAAGCCUGCCCUGAGAUUUACUAUUAUAUUUAAUAGCUAGAACUCUAAUUAAUGCAUAAUAUUAGGAAUUAUAAAAUGUUGUUAAUUAAGAAUUGUAUCAGCUUAGUGAACAUCAAUAGCUCUGAAAAUGAAAUCAUUAUUGAAAUUAUUAAAUGUUGCAUUUUUCUAACCGUUAUUGCGGACGUGUGUGUUAAUUUUGUCUGCUGUUACAAAAUUUAUUAUACUGUCUAUAAUAAUGUUAAUAAUAAUAAUAGAAUUUGAUGAAUUUAAUGUUCACAAUUCUGAAAUGUUUAAAGACCAAACUACGCGUAAUUUAUAUUGUUUAUUGUGAUUUGAAUUUGUGAUUAAAUGGAUUUUGUUCCUAUCGCUUCACGUGAUGGUUUAUUUGUCGCGAUGAGACCGAACCAUAUCAAGUUAUGUUUCGGUUACGACUGUGUGUAAUAUGCGGGAGUUUUGUUUGUAGAUAGGUAAAUAUCGGCCUGUAGAUAUUAUGGAUAAUAGGGGAAGCUUAUGUGGUGCUAACAACCUGAUGUGAAGGUAUUUAACCUGAAUAAGGGUCGGCGAACGAAACAUUAGUAUCGUCCAAUUGUUCAGGAUAAACACGCUAAUGGUAAGAAGGACUGAUUGUUUUUGAUGAUUGUUUCGAUAUUUCUUUUGACGUUUCCACUGUGAUGUGCUGUUUGAACAUGUUUAAUAAUUUAAAUAAUGAUAUUAGUCCCUAUGUGGAUGUUAGGUAUUUGUAACUAUUAUUAUAUUAUGUAAAUUAAAAAGAUAAAAAAAUAAACAAUUCAUUGUAUCAGUCACGUCGCUAUUCCCCAUUCAGCGUGUUUGGUGAUGUAUAUGAGAUUCAAGUAAAUAAAAUAAUAAAAAUUA